GAUGGCGGACGAAGCGAAUGAAAAGAGACCACAGUUCGGAGGCCGAUUACUGACCGAUCCAUCAAAGGUUUUCGAACACAAUGCCUGGGAUAACGUUGAAUGGAAUGCAGAGCAUGAAGAUGAAGCGUUAAAAAAGAUUAAAGAAAAUGCUGAGGUAAAACUGGAUAGCAGCAUGCAAGAAAAAUAUGAAAAUGAAGCUGACAACUUUUGGGAUGGCUUUUACACACAACAUCAAAACAGAUUUUUCAAAGACAGACAUUGGUUAUUUACUGAAUUUCCAGAACUAGGGGCACCYRCUAAUACUGAAAAUGAAGGAGAUUSCUCAAAUAAUAGUGUAAAGAAAUUAAAUGWUGAUGAAUCGUGCAGCACUCGAAAUCAGGAASUURAUAACCAAGAUCAGGAAUACUCACAGGACACGUUUAYUGGGUGUCAUGCUAAAAAGCGUAUUCUUGAGGUUGGAUGUGGUGUUGGUAAUACAAUAUUUCCUAUUCUUGAAGCAAACAAUGAUCCUGGGUUGUUUGUUUWUGGCUGUGAUUUCUCUAAAACUGCUGUAGAUUUAGUAAAGGAACACCCUGAUUAUAAUGUUGGACGGUGCCAUGUUUUUGUCUGCGAUGUCACCAAUAUUGAUUUUACUUAUCCUUUUCCUGAUCAAAGUCUGGACAUAAUUAUAUUGAUWUUUGUAUUAUCUGCUAUCCACCCUGACAAGUAAGCACACACUAAUGUAGUUUAUUGCAACAUGAUUUCUUGCUUUUUUGUAUAAAUGUUUUUAGUGAUUGUUUGUUUGUUGUUUACAUGUUUUUUAUCUGAAUCCAUUUGUGCCUUGCUGGAUG